CUUUGUUUGUUGGUCACAUGGCCAUGCGUGACGUCCAUUCACUUCCUGUAUACGCGAAAGGUUCACAUGUGCAGUUAUUUUUCUGUAGCCUAUGCUAUUUUAUGCCCAGCAAAGAAAACUUAUAAAUUGUAGUUUAAGAUAAAUGUUUGCAAGUGUUUCGGACUGUCGUGGGGAAGUUUUUAACUGCACGGUUGAGAAUAUCUCAACCAGUGAGAUACCUAAUAAUAGUAUCAUGCUUAAGUCACCCAUGUAGUUUUGGGGGUAAUAGGUCAAGAAAACAUUUGCUGACGUGAAGAACAAUAACAAAUCGCGUUUAUGGACAGCAGUAUUAUAAAUGAAAUGGGAAUUGGACCUGUUGAAGGUGAAGAAAGUGAUUCUGGAGACAGUGUUUUCCUCACCCAGAUACCACAGAACAUAAUACCUAAUGCUGCACGAUCACCUCGUCUCAGUCAAAGAUCCAAGCCAAUAUCCCCCAGAUUUUUUGAGGCUGGGUCAUCAUCUAGUAGUGAAGAUGAAGGUGGCCCUAGGAGAAGAAAAAGGCACCCACUGCUCCUUAAAUACAACUUUCCUUUUCUUAACCAAAAGAAGUCACAGUUGCCUGAAGACAGAUCUCUGUCCACAGCCAGAAACCGCACCCUCCAUUAUACAGGUAUGGCAGGAUUUUUUAGUUGUGUUGGUGAGAUGUGGCCAAGUGGUCAAAGAAGAGAAUCUUUUGAAUCAAUAUUACCAACAGUUGAUGCAGACAAUGAACAAAUAACACCAAUAAUGGAAGAUGAUCAGUCAGGUGAAGAGGAUGUCAAAAUAAUUGAUAAGAGGCUGUUUGUAUACUCAAUUAAACCCAAGAUAACCAAGAGUUCACAGCCUUGGUUUAAAUCUUUGAGAAAUAAAAUUGCUGAAACUACAAAACCAACCAUCUCACAGCAACAUUUUGGGACAGAAAAGAUGUCACAGUCCGCAUCUAAAAUGCCUGAAGGUUUGCCAAAGGAAGUAUAUACAGUUCUGGACAGCAGCAGUGACAGUGAUGAAACAUUCAUUGAUGAAUCCAUCAAACCAAGAAGCCCAGCAAAUGAUGCACACAAUGAUACAGUAAAUUUAACUCAAGUAAACCAAGUUACAGACCAUAGCGAUGUGUUGUGCCCAUUAGAUGAAUCAGACAUUGAAAGCCAAAGCAUUCUGCAAAAUAAUCCAUUGGACAUUAGAGGGAGACAUUUUGACAAUAUUUAUGAUGUGAAAGAGCUGUUGAGCAGUAAGACAAAACAAGGAGAUAAAAGACUGGAAGAUGAAAAUGAAACACUGAAUACAUCGUUUAGCCAAGAGAGUGUUGAUCUUUUUGAAGAUUACAUUACAAGUUAUCAGUCACCUCACCGGCACAAAGCUAAUACCCCAAAGAAAUCUAACAGCAAUGACUUAAUAACUGAGAAUAAUGGAGAUACUGCAGAAAAGCUUAAUGAUGUGGAAAGUGACUUGGAAGCUUCUUCAUUGACAGAACUUAUGCCUGCAAGUUACAAUCAAGAAAAUCAAGUAAAAGGACAAAAUGUGCCUAAAGAUGCUGAGCUGCUACUUUGUACAAAUGAUAAUAAUCAUGGUGAUGGAACUGUACAGAAGAAAAAAGAUGAUAUGGAAAAUGCUGAAAAAGAACUAUAUAGAACUAAUUUAGAUCCAAUGCAAAUUGAGAGUAAUCUUGAAAAAGAGGUAACAGAACAAAGUCUGCUUGAAGAUGCUGUACAUAAAAACAAAAAAUGUGAUGUGGAAAAUGAUAAAGAACAAAAUUGGACUUAUUCAGAUUCAUUGCAAAUGGUGAAUAAUUUAGAAGAAGUAAAAGGACAAAGUCUGCCUGAUGUGGACAAUGAAAAAACUGAACAAAGUGGGACAAAUUUAGGGAAUAAUCAAGAACAAGAAAAAGAAGUAUCAGGACAAAGUCUGCCUGAAGAUGCUGAACGACUGUCUUGUCCAAAUGUUGAUCUUGAAGAUAAUGGUGAUGGUACUGUACACAAGAAGAAAAAACAUAAAAAGAAAAAAGGUGAUGUGGAAAAUGAGGAAAUGGAACAAAAUUUUACAAAUUUACAUCCACAACAAAUAGUGAGUAAUCUAGAAGAAUUAAAAGGACAAAGUCUGCCUGAAGAUGCUGAACUGCUGUCUUGUCCAAUUGUUGACGUUCAAGAUAAUGGUGAUGGUGCUGUACGCAAGAAGAAAAAACAUAAAAAGAAAAAAGGUGAUGUGGAAAAUGAGGAAAUUGAUCAAAAUUUGACUAAUUUACAUCCACAACAAAUAGUGAGUAAUCUAAAAGAAGUAAAAGGACAAAAUCUGCGUGAAGAUGCUGAACUGCUGUCUUGUCCAAAUGUUGAUCUUGAAGAUAAUGGUGAUGGUACUGUAUGCAAGAAGAAAAAACAUAAAAAGAAAAAAGGUGAUGUGGCAAAUGAAGAAACAGAACAAAAUGUGACUAAUUUAGAAUCAUUGCAAACAGGGAAUAGUCUAGAAAAAGAAGUACCAGGACAAAGUCUGCCUGAAGAUACUGAACUGCUGUGUUGUAAAAUUGGUGAUAUUCAAAAUAAGAGUGAUGGUACUGUACGCAAAAAGAAAAAACAUAAAAAGAAAAACGGUGAUGUGGAAAAUAAUAAGGAACAAAAUGGGACUUAUUUAGAUCCACUGCAAAUAGAGAAUAUUGGAGAAUCACAUAAUAACACUAUAGUGGACAAAACGGUGUCUAAUAUGAGUGAUCGCAAAAGAAAACUUAAAAAGAAGCGAAAGGCAGCCCGUGAUUGUGAUGAUGAAUUUGCUCUAAAAGAAUUCCAACUUACCACCUCAUCUGGAUUAGUUGAGAGUCAAGAAAUUUCCAUGCUUGUAAACAAUGAUGAUAUUGAUGCAGACCGCUUAGCAAUACAAGAUGAUGAACCAGUGUCUAUUAGGAAAAAGAAAAAGAAAAAAAAGCAUGUUUCAUCUGCUGAAAAAGAACAAAAUGGGACUUAUUUAGAUCCCAUGCAAAUUGUGAAUAAUGGAAAUUUAGAUGACAUCAUUGCAGUGGACAAAAUUGUGUCAGACAUGAGUGAUAACGAAAGAAGACAUAAAAAUAAGCGAAAGGCAGUCUCUGAUGAGGAUUUACCUUUGAAAAAAUCUCCACUUCAUAACACAGACAAAAAGAGCUCAUCUGAUUUAGUUAGGUAUGGUAAAAAUUCUGAACUUGUAAAUAAUGACAAUACUGAUACAGACUGCUUAUUAAUACAAGGUGAUGAGUCUGUGAAAAAGAAAAAGAAAAGGAAGGUUCACCCUAUGGCAGAAAGAGUGGAAAAUGUUACUCUAAGUGUUUCACUGUCUGGAGAGGGUCAUGGGUCAGACGGACUUGACAUCAGCACAUAUUAUAUUGAAUCAGCAGAAAAUUAUACAUGUUUACAAGAGACUGAAUUGGGUAACAAAGUAAAAAAGAAGAAAAAGAAGAAUAGGAAUGGUGAACUUAACAAUUUAGACCCAAAUGCUAAAGUCAUGGAAAACCCAGAAAUGAAUGAAUGUAAUAAAGGCAGUGAUUGUGACAACACUGAAGUGAACCAACCUCCCAAUGAUGAAGGUGAUCGUCUCAAGAAGAAGAAGAAGAAAAAGAAAACCUCUCAAAGUGAACACUGUCAAACUGGCAUGGGAAAAACAACAGCUGAGGGAGUAAACGAGGGUGCUAUACUAAGCACAAAAGAAUCUGAAUGCCCAGAAAGAAAAAAGAGAGAUAAAAAGAGACAGCUUUGUGAUGGUGAGAGUAUAGUUGUGGAGACUUCAGAAGAGACUGAGCUAGAGCAAAGUACAGUGAAAAGAAAAAAGCAUAAGAGAUGUUUUAAAGACCAUGAACAAACCGUCUCCACUCCAUUACAUGUUGAAAUAUCGCCCUCUUCAUGUAAACUGGAGAAAAACGGCCAGACAAAGGUCAAAAAAAGACUGCAUAAUCCCAAUGAGACAUUUUUUGAUAUACGUUAAAUCAGAAUUGUAUUUUGUGAACUAUUUUUAGGUCUACAUAUUGUUUUGUAUGAAAGCAUUUUUUUGCUCAACGAUUUGGUGUUGAAUUUUUUUAGAAAUACAAUGUGUCGUAUGACCAGCCCUCUGACUCCUGACUACAUUAAUCAAUCAAAAAAUAUUACCAAUUGUAUGUUUCUAAAUGGGAAAUUAAUUAUAUGUUCCUUUUAGGAACCUUAAUGGGCAAUAGAAUGUAUACAUACAAAUUAUGUUCUCAUACUAUUUACUUC